AUGUACGCCGCUCAGAAUAUAACGCCAACAGUUUUGGAUGCCAUGAACGGAAAUGUUUCCGAAUGGUAUAACGAAUGCGACAAUGCCAUUAGAAGGUCAGAAAUAGUUCCUGGAACUUACGAAUAUACAACUGCUGUUUCUUAUGGAAACGUAGGUGAGUUUGGAGAAGGUUCUUCAACAACAGUAGAUAUUGCUUGCGACAGGUUUCAUAUUAUUUCUAUUGACAACUCAUUCUUAUACGUGGAACAAGACAUUGAAAUAAAACCUUCUGCCAAGUUGUCUGACAAGAAAGGUUGCAAUGGAAUUUUCUAUGUCGGAUACCAAUAUGCUCCAGAAGUUUUCAUGGGAUAUAAGAUAUAUUCUAACUCUGACUUAGUUCAAACAGUAACAUGGGCAAACUAUGAAUGGUUCGCUUUGAGAAACUCAGUACAACCACAAGCUAGAGAACAAACAGACCAGUAUGCAAAUAUUGAGAAAAUAAGAAGACUUGACCCUAACGUUCCAGGAGUUUAUGUUAACCUUUCUGGUUCAGAUGGAAAUGCUGCCACUAAAGUAAAACUGAAACUUAGAGUUCCUUUGUCAUCUUUCCUCAUCUUCAG